CUCGUCGAUGUUGCGUUGCCGUUAAUCAACAGGCUAAAGCGCUAUGAUCGGUCAGCUUCUUUGAUUAUCUCGUGAUAGAAAAAGUGAUAGGGAACGAGUAGAGAGUGAGAGCGAUAGGAGAAUCCGACAACGAACGGGAAAAAUGAGAAAAGUUAUUUGGGGUUGCGUUUGCGAUCGAUUGGACGUCUAACGAUGGAGUGGGAGGAAAGAGAGAGAGAGAGAGAGAGGGAGGGAGAGAGAGAGGGAGAGAGAGAGGGGAGAGGGAUGUAAAGAAAAAAAGCAUUUAACCGCGAUGCCUGAUCGAAGCGGUACCGAAGCAAAGGCCGAAUGUAGUUUAUUUGUUUUCGCGAAUUGGUCCAAAGUACGUUCUUCCUAGGACGAUAUCAAUGACGGGGCCGCAACCUCUCGACCACCGCCGCUUCCUUCACCGUAAACACGAGAAAGUACCCUCCUCGCCUCAUCGCUCCUACGCGUUUCAUCGAAAAGAAACUCGCCUACCACCGAGAAACGUAGGGUUAUCUCUCUCUCUAUCGCGAUUCAUUCUCGAAAAGCACGUUCCUCCUCGUGUUUUUCAUCUUUCCCGUUCUCUCUUUCUCUCUCUCUCUCUCUCUCUCUCUCUCUCUCUCUCUCUCUUUCUCUCUCGAAAUGAUGAUAAUUACGUCGACGAUGUUGACGAUGAAGAUGAUAUUUCCGAUUCUUUUUCUGGUUCCUAUAAAAGAAUACGAGUUUCUUUCGAAAUCAUACGCAACGCGAAAAAGAGAUGGAUAGAGAUGGUUAUUACCGAAAUGAACGAUGGUGGAUACGAUAAAAGGGCACGAGUAACAAGAAGAAAAUGAGAGAAAACGAAAUUGUACAUAAAUCGUGCCGCCAAUAGAUAAGACAAUUUAAAUGCGAAAAAUGAGAGGGAAUAUAAAGACUCGACGAUAAGACGAGAAGACUCAACGAAUCAAAAUGAUGAAACUGAACUAGUGAUUUACUUACACAACCUGAUGAUAUUUUCUAUACACGAUGCGGACAUGUCUUUCAUUUUAAAUGCCUUAGCCAGUGGCUAGAGAGGUCGAAAACUUGCCCACAAUGCAGGGAAAAAGUAACGCACAAUCGUAUUCACAGAUUGUAUCUGACUGUGUCGAACGAAACUACGGUAGAAAGUGAUCCUUAUACCCAAGAUAAACUUGCGAGCCUCAAGUUUCAAAUUCUGUUGAAAGAAAAGGAUAUAAAUUAUUUCAUGUCCAAAAACAGUACGUUAGAGAAACAAAAUGCAGGCCUGAGAAGGGAGGUAAGGAAAUUGGAGAGUGAAACCAAAGAGAAAAACUCUGGUAUAUAUGCGUUGAAGGAACAGACCAAAUAUUUUAAGGAACAACUCGUGGGAUACGAAAGCGCCAAGAAGGAAAUUAUACAAUUGAAGAAAAAACUUGAAGAACUGAGAAAUAUACAAAUGUUAUUAGACGCACCAAUUGAAGACAUUAAAGAUAUAAUUGGAAGGGAUAAAGAUCCUGCUACUCUUCUGACGUACAUAACCAUCAUGAAAAAAGAAACUAUGUCUAAUUUAAGCAAGAUCAGAUGUUUAAAAAUUAAAGUGAAGAAUCUUCAAGAUGAACAUGCCAAAUUAACUAUGACAUCUUCGCAAUGCUAUUCGAACAACAGAUUACUCAAAGAGUUUACAAAUUGUAAAAAAGAAAAAUUGGCGUUACAAACGAGAGUCAACGAACUCGAAAAGAUUCUUGGUAUUGCAGAAAAUUCCGAUCGUGUGGUUACGGGCACACUGAAAAAUGUCAAAGGAAAAGAUGAAGUUACGCAAGAGGAAUGUUUGACUAGUGCUACGUUAAAAAAAUCAGUUGUUAAGAAGAGGACGCAUACAAUUUCUUCUCCAACAAAGCAUAACAGAGAACAUGUAUGUCAACAAGAGAAAAGAAUGUUAUUUACAAUUUAUUAUUUUCAUUACUUAUUUUUCUAUCGUUAUAAUUUCUUUAUCUUCCUUAAACAGAUUGUAUCAAAGAGUAAUAUAGAAAAGAACGAUGCGUCUUCUUCGAUCGUAGAAAUAAUGGAUAAUGAAUGUUCGAAAAACUAUUCCAAAUUAAGGAACUUGGACAGUGAUACUUCUAUACCCUUAAAGAAAACUAGAUUCUCUAAAAUGCAUGAGGAAACGAAUGAUGAAAAUGAUGUGCUUUUUGAUAAUAGCAUUGAAAAUCUAUUACAUAUAUGUAAACAUGCUGAUACAAGUACAAAUGCGGUCUCGAAGGCAUCUAAAGAAAAAACUGAAAGAGAAAAAUCAAGUAAAAUGAAACAUCAUGAAGAAGACAUUAUUGAUUUAACAUAAUACUCUCUUGCAUACACGUGAUUAAUCGUAAUAGUAUUCCUAAUUCAUAAUUUUUUUAUAGUACAGUAUUUUUCACUCCUGAUCUGAUUUGUUGCCCAACUAGUAAAUUAAGGGAUGUUUUGACAAUUGAUACGUGCACGUAUGCAUGCGUGCGUGCGUAGAUAUACAUCAUUAUGCAAAAGCAAAAAAGACUAUAGUACCUUUAUCAAUAAUAAUAACGGAGAACAUA